AUGUAUGAACAGCGCCGGCAAAAUGUGACAGCCGGAAGAGCUAAAUCGGCGCCGCUGUUCGGGAAGUCCAUCUUUCGUAUCAACUAUAUGCUCCGCUCUCGCAUCUGCAGGCUGACUGACAUCGGGCUUUGUCGUAGCGGUCUUUACUUCCCACUCUACCUUUGGCACUAUAGACUGGAGACCGACCAGGCACCGGUAUAUGCACAAGCGCGAGAGCUUGACGAUCGCGACGUCGUGUCCGUCUUCUCGCGUGCGCGGAUAUAUCUCAUCCUCAAUGCCGUCGCAUUGCUGAUAGGACUGCUGUGCUGUCCUCUCUCCACGUGGAUGCUGGUCGCAUGCAUCCUCGUACCUGCGCUCUUAUGGAAUACACCGCUUUUCAAUUGGCCGGCUCUUACCUCGAGAGGCGAGGCCAAGCAUGCGUUCGUCCUUAAACGCGUUCCGGUCAUGAAGGCGGUAUUUGUCGGCGUCAUUCGUGGGACCUGGGACCCCGUGCGCCUUAUGGUCUGGUCCACCAUUAACUGGACAUGCAUGUCGAUCACACACGACAUGCGGGACUUUGAGGACGACAAGGUAGCGCGGAUACCGACGAUACCCGUUCUUCUUGACUCCGUGUAUAGGGCCAGGGUGCUCAUCACGGCGGUCCAGCUGGCGGUGCUCAUGGCAUGUUCGAACGACCUCUACAUCGUGUCCUGCUCUCUGUGGAUCAUCACGCUUGCGUGGUGCGUGAAUGAACACAGUCCACGGUGGCUGUUCAUAUGCAUCUCCCACGCACAUACUCCAAUCUUCCUUGUGUAUGGUCUCGUGCAGUGGCACAAAUGGGUGUACGGGAUGGCGGCACAAUAG